AUGGCACAUGUGAUUCAUAUAGCACUGAACUGGGUGAACUUGAACAUUGUGCUCCAAAGGCCUGGUAUCACCACACUGAUCACAAGAUCGUUCUUGCGCAGCCACCAAGGAGAUCCAGCCAUCACACAUAACAUCAUGAGGUUUGAUUUCACAACCUACAAUGUUCACAGAGGCCAAGAUGUGAUCAACCUGAGGACUCCCCAUUUAUGGUUGAUACACUCCCCAUUGAAUGGAGUUUUUAUGGAUAUGUUGAUGUACUCAGGGGCUGUCACAUUAUACCUUGCUUUGCCAGUGGCAAGAGACAUGUCGAUGGAUUGGGUGCAUCAGCAAGUGCAGGAGACAAGGAUGAUUGGUGCAAAUACCUUGUCAAUUGAUUUGUUGACCGCAACAUGCUUAUGCACUUCCACUUCAGGCUCGGCUGAAAUUCAGCAAGAUAAUAUCACAGUGCAGUCCAUGUCCACUUCUCAUGUCGCAGAAGAUGAUGAAGAUGCCAGAAACUCUGGAGAGGAUGACGAAGGUAGAAUUGAUGAGGAAGAUGAUGAUGAUGAUAAUCCAAUAGUGAAUCCUGAACAGUGGCAUGGUAGUAGCCAAGAAUCACUGUUGGAACAAUACAAGAAGAUGUACGCAAGUGAGCCCACAGCUUUCUUGUCCAAUGCUCAUGAUCACUAUAUGGACCCACCUGCGAUGCUUGACUCAUUUUUGUUUGACAAUCCCAGCCUCAUGCCCAACUCUGGCAAUUUCAUUGAUCUGAACAAUAUUGACUUCAUCAGUUAUUUGUCUGUGGGACAUGGGCCAAUGCUGUACCCUCUAUAUUUGACAGUACACAUCUCACUCUACGCUUAUGUUCUCACAUCAAUCAUCCAUCAUUCAGUGUUCAAGACAGAACAGAUGGCGGGAGUUCCCAUAUAUGUCAAUUCUUUUUAUGCUGUGAAUGCUCAGUUAGAUCUUCCUGUGAAGUCCACGAGGGCAGGUCCCGACAACCGAUUCUAUGUUGUAUAUGAUGGCGUUAGUUCUAAUGUUUCUAGUACUGUCAUUCAUCUCGCCCUCCAUCCCACUGGUUAUUACCCUUGGUCCAAUGUUGACCUCACAGCCUUUCAGGCUAUAUCAGAUGCACACAACAGUGGCAGUAUCCUGAUCAUUCCCACCCUCAUGAUGCCAGGCAAUGUAAAUGCUCCUGACAGUGCAAAUGGUGACGAAUAUGAGCAUUCAAUACCUGGAGACCCAGUCAGUGCCCUUGCAUCUCCAACAGUGACAUCAAACUUGCUGACCAUCUAUUCCUGGAUUUUGUGCUCAGGCCAAUUGGUGCACAGCACCCCUGCCAGUGCCCAUCAAUCUCAGGCAGGUGGUGGAUCAACUCAGACUUCCUUGCAACAAAAGGCAAAAAAAGCUGCUAAAGCUGAAGGAGGCCUCAAGAAUGUCAUAGGGAGAUUACCAAAGUGGAGGAAGGCCUUUGCCUACCUCUGGAUUGAGUUAAGAGUAUCAGUUUGCACAGGUGAAAUCAGAAACCCCCACCUGUUCAAUUUUGAAAGCUGGGCUGCAGCUAUUCAGCUAGUUUGGCCUCAUGCUCUCUCCCAGGCUAACAUCGACUCCAGUGAUUUGGAAAUAGUGAAGUUGAUCAAAACUGGCACUUACAUGACUCUUGAAAUCCAAAGACUGCUCCAGCUGUUCAUCAGACCAAAAUCAAAUAUCCUGCCAAUUAGUCUUAAUGGUUUUGCCUGGUUCCUCACCCACCAAAUUGCCAAAGAGAUCAUGUGGCAUAGCCAGCAACAUUCAGGAGUGAAGAGCAUCCACCCUUUCCGACUAUGUCUCUACUGGGGUCCAGUUGCUCUCUUGGAUAAAUAUUCAACUUUGACAAAAAUACCCGUCGACCUACUAAUUCAGUAUCCAACCCUGGCUGAGGUGUAUGAUCAGCUCUACAAGAUGGCUGUAGUACUUGUCAACGAGCAUGAUGAUGAAGAUCACCCAGGACUCAUGUCUAGCUUGACCAAAUUGUGCAACAUUUCAUAA